AUGCCACCGUGUGCAGGCCUCCGAGCACACGUCGAGCUAUCCCGCAUCUCUGGCUACAUUGUUUGUGAAACAUUCAAAAUCGCCCCGAGACACUACCAACGUGGAUAUUCGACCCUACACGUGGAUAAGGCUCUGGAAUUGCUCGAAGACUGGAAGCUGCAAUUGCCACCGGUACUAGCUGUCCACAUAGACGCUGAUCCUGCGGUUCUCUCUCUGCAUCUAGCUUCGAACCAGCUCAUUGUCCUCGCAACUCGACCGAUCCUACUUGCCGCUGUCAAGCAAGCUGUUGCUGAACGCUACAUGAACGGCCAAUGGUCUGUGCAGCAACACGCGCAUAGCAAAUAUAUUCAAGCUUGCUCAGAGGCUGCCCAGCGUAAUUUGUCGUCAGCUCAACGAUUGCGGUCAACGAGGAAGCUACUGCAGGCCGGUUUGCACUUCGUCUUCAACGCAGCUGUUAUCCUGAUACUAGAUCGGAUUCUUCACUCUUCUAGCACCGAAGCCUCACCGGCUCUGCUCAACACCGCAGUGUAUGCCUCCGAGAUAGACUUUGCCAUGCGCACCUUUGAGGAGGAGUCAAGAACGGGUACCAACUACCCCAGAGACUGCUACAAAGUUUUACAAGAUCUCAAAGCUCUAGUUGAUCGCUACCUGUCUCAUGGCCAUGGACACUUCGAGCAAGGAAAUGACCCUGGUCUAGUCAUUAGUACUCCUGGACCGCAGUACAGUGCCCAGCGAGGCCCAGAAAUCCAAGGAAGUACAUCGAACAUGACAGCAGGUACUGUCUACCAGGAGCUGCGAACCUGGAUGCAAAGUGACGGGCUAAAGCUACAUAACAGCUUACUCAUUUGA